UGACCUGGCUGCAUAACAACAUAAACAGAAAUGGCGGCGUUAGCAUGCCUCGGCGUUAUCAUGACCUAACUCUAUCUCUUUGCACAUGAGUGUUUUUUUUUUACAUUUCACACAAACACGCGUUUCGCUAAGAGAUUUAAAGUCUGUCUGAAGCGAAAGCAGCGGAUGUGGAAUUUGUAAUGAGCAGCUCGGGUCAUGAUGGACAGCGAUCUGAGCCCACAGGACAGAAAAGACUUGGACAAAUUCAUCAAAUUUUUUGUCCUGAAGACAGUGCAGGUGAUAGUGCAGGCUCGUUUGGGUGAGAAGAUCUGCACGCGCUCGUCCUCUUCCCCCACAGGCUCAGACUGGUUCACUCUGGCAAUUAAAGACAUCCCUGAGGUGACCCAUGAAGCUAAAAAAGCUCUGGCAGGACAGCUGCCCAGUGUUGGCCGCUCAAUGUGUGUGGAGAUUUCCCUGAAAACGUCAGAGGGGGAUUCAAUGGAGCUGGAAACAUGGUGCUUGGAGAUGAACGAGAAGUGUGAAAAGGACAUCAAAGUCUCCUACACAGUUUAUACGCGCCUGUCCUUGCUCCUUAAAUCUCUCUUGGCCAUUACGAGAGUUACUCCUGCCUACAAACUCUCACGCAAACAAGGCCAUGAUUAUGUCAUCUUGUAUAGGAUAUAUUUUGGCGACGUGCAACUGACAGGGCUUGGUGAAGGUUUCCAGACAGUACGUGUAGGAGUUGUAGGCACUCCCAUAGGAACCCUGACACUCUCCUGUGCAUACCGCACCAACCUGGCUCUCAUGUCCUCCAGGCAGUUCGAGAGGACUGGCCCAAUCAUGGGGAUCAUCAUAGACCACUUUGUGGAGCGUCCCCAUGGGAAUAUGGCCCUCCUCCACCCCUGCAACUACAGGGCUCCAGGUGAGGAAGAGGGAGGGGUUUAUGCCGGGGUAGAGGAUUCGCAGGAAGUCUGCACUACUUCCUUUUCCACUUCUCCUCCCUCUCAGUGUCUGUGUACUGUAAGUCAAGCGCAUAGUAAAACUCCUAAACCUUCUUUGAUGGCCACUCUGAAGGUCCCUGUGAUGGGGCUGGGCUUUUCACAGCAACUUUGCACUUCUCGUCUGUCGUAUCAGACUCCCCUCCUGGGGCCAGUAGAUUUGUGCCAUCCUACCACCUGUACUGUUGCCGCCCACCCGCACCAGAUAGCUGCUCCGGGGAAAGAAGGCGGAGUCCCGCAGGUGCUGGUUCAGCCCAGUCAUGGCACUCAGGGAGACCAUGGGCGUGUCCCGUCCUGCCCAUCAGCAGACACACCCCAUCCUCCACCCUCGAACUGCAGCAGCGGUGAUACAGAUGUGUUGUCGAGAAGUAGCGAAGGGAAGAGUGUGUCACCCUCAGAUGCCCCUGAAACAACCUUCACCAGGAAAGUGGGAGCCUUCGUUAACAAACCCACUACACAGGUGACCACUGCCAGUCUGGAUCUGCCGUUUGCUGCUUUUGCUCCCAGAGGUUAUGACCUGGAGGAGAACGACCCCAUGGUACAGCCGCCAGCAUCACCUGCCCCCUCCUCUCCAUUACAAGACAGUCUGCACUCCCAGAGCUCCAGCCAAAGUGGAGGUCAAGCACAAGAUGAUUUUGUCAUGAUAGAUUUUAAACCAGCGUUCUCUAAGGACGACCUGUUGCCGAUGGACCUGGGCACUUUUUACCGCGAGUUUCAGAAUCCUCCCCAACUCACAAGCCUUUCCAUCGAUGUCAGUGCUCAGUCUAUGGCCGAAGACUUGGACUCCCUCCCAGAAAAGCUGGCCAUCUACGAGAAGAACAUUGAUGAGUUUGAUGCAUUUGUGGACACACUACAGUAGCUGACGACAAAAAUCACACUACUUCUUAAAGUCCUUUUUUUCCUACUUCAGCCAAAACAUUAUAAGAUUGAUUUCUUUAAGGUUUUCCUCCUUACUUGCUGUUUAUUGCUAUGUUUAAGCCAUACGCUGUAAUAUUUAAAGCUCUUUUCUUCACAUCCACUUCCUGAUAAUCUUCAGCAUGAUUCCUGUUCCACCCUGGAGUAUAUAAACGAUUUAAGGUAGGUAGUUAGUAGUAAAAAAACAAACAAAAAUCACCACCACCAAAAAGCAAGUACUCUUUAAAACAUGUUUAUUUGGGUUGUCAACUAUAGGUAUUUUUAUAUAAGUGUCGUUCAGAAAGUCAUUUAGGUUCAUGACAAACCCAAAUGUCUCAAUGGAGAAUCAGAGCGUUGUAGACCUGUGUGCAUUGGACUACUUCAGAUUUGUGUUUGAAAGCUGGGGUUGGUGUGAAGGGAUCUUGGCAGGCCAUAAUUAUUAUGAUAAAUGUAUAUAGUGUACACUUUUAUUUAAUUUUCUAGAGAACUGCCAAGAACUAGAAACCCACCCACAUCAAAUAUGGCGUGCAUAAUUCUCAGCGCUUGCUUUACCACAGUUUGCACCAUAUUUUAGAUGAAACAAAAAAAACAAAUCCUACCUACAUUAAUUCCUACUCAUGAAUAGGAUCAGACUUGUAACCUGCCCGGAGGAGAAAAAGUGUUGAUUAGAAGAGUUGAAUUCCAAUCAGUAAUGUGAAGACAGUUAUUAGAAAUGCAUUACAGUACAUGAUGAAAGCUUAGUGUACGUUGUUGUACUAAUGAAAAGAGAGUGCAAGAUGACAUCACUAAACAUCUUAUGGCAAAGAUUACGAAAUUUCAGCUAAGAUCGGUUAUUAAACUCAUCAUGUGUUUAAUAUGAGAGCAGAUCGGUUCUGUGAGUAUUUUGUUCAUGGCACCUUGCUUUAAUUUUAAACAUAAAUAAAAAUGGAGCUAUUUAAAGUUCCAUGACGUCCCUGAUAAUCAAGUAGGGUCGUCAUUUUGGCAGUAACAACAAGUAGAUCUCAGUGUUUUAGUGAGUCACUCAUUCACCUCUAUGUCAUGUUUCAAUGUUACACUCGGCUCAUGAUGUUAUUGACCACAUAGAUGCUCUUCUGAAUUACUCCUUACUGACAUUUUUAAUAUGUACGAAUUUCCAUGCAUGCUUUUUUUUUUUUCAUUCAAGAACCAUAAUUGUCCAUUGUGAUCAUUAUAUUUCGAAACAAAAUGUGUAGUCCAGUCCAACACUCUUUACAUCAUUCUCUGUAUAGUGUUACUGUGUUCCAGGCGAUUGUAUUAAGAGUUUCAGCUUUCCACCUCUGUCUACUUAAGCACUGCUCUCUGGCAUGUACAUGUGUGCAAUAAACUGGUUUGUUUCAGUUCUCAA